UUUGAUGGAGAAAGAUCUUCUUCCGAGAGAGCAGGGGGAUUCCGAGAGUGGUGAACCCUGAUCGUCCUGAGAGAAUGGAGCGGACGACGACCUCAGGCGACGGUCGGAGGAAGACGAGAAAAAUCACAGCACUAGAAGAGAAAGUGGAGAAACAAAAUACAAGAGCAAGAGGCAAAUCCUGCGGAGCCAUGGCCAGAAAAUACAGGAAUCGGCAAAUGGCGUAUAGCUGCUGACCCAGGAAAAAAGCAGAAAAAGACGGCAACGUUGGCAGAACAGGUGGCAGCGCCAGGAAAGGGAAGGGGAGGGCGGGGAGGAAGGGAGGGAGGGAGGCCAAGGGACUCGGGGGUCGCCCAGCAGACGAACUCCCGCUCCUCGUCCGCUCCUCUGACGCUGCAAGACAACGGAGUGAGUGGGAGCGCGACACAGACUGCGAUCAGGAGGUCUUUUCUCCGACGAUCUGAGAGGCAGACAGACAGAUGCCCAGCGUGGACGAGAAAGGGGCAACUGAGAUUCGUCAGAUUUCGAUUUGACAUCGUUCGAUUCCUCUCGUUUCUCGUUUCUCGUUUCUCUUCUUCCGCUCGGCCCCCGCUCGGCCCUUUCGUUUCUCUUCACGGUGCAUGGAGCUGCAAUGUGUUCGUAGACGGGAUUGAAAAUGCAGCAGCAGUUGGAGUGGCGCACGAAUUUCUCGUCGGCGUUUGUCUGCCAGCUGCGCUUUUGUGCAAGCGAGGGCGUGCGUGCGCUCGACGAAGCAGAUCCAUGCAAAUCCUGAAUGCUCCUUUUGGUUCGGAUCCUCGUUCGGAGUGUUCAUUCUCGACCUUGUUCUUUUGAAACAAGAAGACGCGCAACCCAAGCAUAGUGCCUCCAUCAACACUUUGUGGUAGCAAUGGCUAAAAAACACAUAGGUGCAGCUGCGCACGAUGGUGUUGAUGGAGACGAUGAACUUGAUGACGAGGAAGAUCCUGAAGAGGAGGAAGAAGAAGACGCUUCGAGCGAAGAAGAGGAACCCAGGUUGAAAUAUCAGCGGAUGGGCGGGAGUGUGCCAAGUCUACUCUCUGCUGAUGCUGCGUCUUGCCUCACUGUCGCUGAACGCAUUAUUGCUCUGGGUACUCACGAUGGAACUGUGUAUCUACUCGAUUAUCUAGGAAAUGAGGUGAAACGGUUUGCAGCACAUUCAGCCACCGUGAAUGAAUUGAGUUUCGAUGCAGACGGAGAGUUCAUUGGAAGCUGCUCAGAUGAUGGAUCUGUGGUAAUCAACAGCUUGUACACCGAUGAGAAGGAGAAAUUUGAAUAUCACAGGCCAAUGAAAGCAGUUGCUUUGGAUCCAGAUUACUCGAGAAAGGCAUCCAAACAAUUCGCUGCUGGGGGGUUGGCGGGGCAACUCAUGUUCAACUCCAAGGGCUGGUUUGGCUCGCGUGAUCAGGUGUUGCACUCGGGAGAAGGUCCUGUUCAUGCAGUCAAGUGGAGAACAAGUCUCAUAGCUUGGGCAAAUGAUCUUGGCGUGAAGGUGUAUGAUACUGCUUCUCAUCAACGCAUAACCUUCAUCGAACGUCCCAAAGACAGCCCUCGAGCUGAAUUAUUGCGUCCUCACUUGGUUUGGAAGGAUGAUGCUACGCUGAUUCUCGGCUGGGCCAAUUGCGUUAAAAUUGCUUGCUUUCGGACGGGAGAUGGGAAGAACGGUGCUGCAGCUGGGGAUAUAUUGGGGAUUGGACGGAAAGGCAGUGCUGGAAGCGGGUCCAAGUACGUUGAAAUCAAGGCCGCUAUCAAGACUGAGUAUUACAUAUCAGGUCUUGCCCCGAAUGGCGAUGAUCUUGUUGUCUUGGCUUACAUUCCUGAAGUUGCAGCUCCUGCUGCUCAAGUUGAAGCUGCUGGUGCCAUUACCACUUCUGCUGCUGCCUUGCUUACUACAAAGCAGGGGCAUGCUCAUCGACCAGAAGUGCGGAUCGUAACUUGGACAAACGAGGAACUGGCAACGGAUGCUCUAUCUAUUCACGGCUACGAACACUACAAAGCCAAGGACUACGUCCUGGCGCAUACUCCUUUUUCGGGCAGCAGCAGUGCAGGAGGACAGUGGGCAGCUGGAGACGAACGUUUAUACUACAUCGUUUCACCAAAAGAUGUUGUUAUCGCCAGACCGAGGGAUGCAGAUGACCAUGUGAAUUGGCUUCUUGAGCAUGGUUUUCACGAGAAAGCUCUAGCAGCUGUCGAGGAUGGCAAAGUUUCUACUGAGCGCAUGGAGGAGGUUGGCUCGAAAUACUUGGAUCAUCUGGUUUUGGAACGCCAGUAUGCUCAGGCUGCGUCGUUAUGCCCAAAAUUAUUGCGAGGUUCUGCUGCAGCUUGGGAAAGGUGGGUGUUUCUUUUCGCUCAUGUGCGACAACUUCCUGUUCUCGCUCCUUACAUCCCUACGUCGAAUCCUCAACUCCGAGAUACAAUUUAUGAGGUUGUUCUGAAUGCACUUCUGACAAACUCUGCGUACCACGAGCAAUUGUUGACAACGAUUCGAACUUGGCCUUCAACUCUGUACUCGCAUUCCACUAUCAUCACAGCUAUUCAACUGCAGCUUGGUACAAGUUCAAAGUCUGACUUCUUGAAAGCCGUCCUUGCCGAAUUAUAUAGAAUGGAUGGAGAGUAUAGCAAAGCACUUGCGUUAUUUGUUGAGCUGCAAAGGCCCGACGUUUUCGAAUAUAUUGAGGAGCACAAUCUACAAGCAGAUAUCCAUGACAAAGUUGUUAACCUUAUGAAACUGAAUGCAAAGAGAACCGUUGCUUUGCUUGUACAACAAAGCGACACGAUAUCUGCUUCAGAAGUUGUAGGCCAGCUGAAGAAGGCUGGACCGGAUCAAAGACAACUGCUCCACUCUUAUUUACACGCAUUGUUCGAGAAGGAUCCCAACGCAGGCAAAGAUUUCCACAAUAUGCAGGUGGAGUUAUAUGCGGAUUUUGAGCCUCGACUCCUUCUGCCAUUUUUGCGUAGCAGUCAGCAUUUCAACCUCGACAAGGCGUAUGAGAUCUGUGCGAAGAGAGGUCUGACAAGGGAGAGAGUAUUUCUCCUCGGGAGAAUGGGCAAUGUGAAGGAAGCAUUAGGUUUGAUAAUCAACACGCUACAGGAUAUGGAGGAGGCUAUUAAGUUUAUUACCGCUCAGCAUGACGAUGAGCUGUGGGAAGAGCUAAUCAACCUGAGUUUGAAACACCCGGAAUUGGUCGGAGCACUGCUUGAGCAUACGGUUGGAAACAUAGACCCGCUUCAUCUAGUCCACAAAGUUCCUUGCGGGCUCCCCAUACCACGUUUGAGGGACCGCCUGGUGAAAAUUAUUACCGACUAUCGAACGGAGACGUCGCUACGACGUGGAUGCAAUGAGAUUUUGAAGGCUGAUUGUGUUGAUUUACUUGUGAGAUAUUAUGACGAGGCGAGACAUGCGAUCCGAGUGGGAGGCACCGAAGAGGAAGGUAAGGCUCAGUCAAACUCCCAAAAUGGUUCCAUCGCUCCAGCUCCAGCGAUGCAGCGACUCCGAGACCAAAUUCCGAGUGGCACUACAAAAACGGGGCGAAAGCUUUCUACGAUCAGUGGUAGUGGGCUGUGCUGUAUAUGCCUGGAUCCUGUCGCUCUACAGAACGUCGCAGUGGUGGCCUUCUUCUGCAGUCAUGCCUACCAUGUCACGUGUCUGAAUGACACCUCAGGGAUACGAUCUCAAGGGACGGAUCUGAAGAAAAAAGAAUCACCAAAAGAUCUUGCGUACAAAAUAGGACAGGGAAUUUCUACGGCGAGUCUGUACAUUCACGGGGAUGAAGACGAGGACGAAGAGGAGUCGGGUUCUCCCCCCAUGCGAUGUAUUCUUUGUACAACAGCUUCAGCGAAAAAUAAGGAGGCCAAAGAUGACCGAAAGAAAUCGGCCACCGCGGCUACUAGCAAUGGUUGGGCUGGUUAGAUUGCAUGCCAAGCCUGUUAUUUUAUAUAAUGUGUGCCUUCCGUCUGAAGUUAUGAGGACCAUUGUCCAUGUAUUAGUAACUCUUUUGUUUUGCCCCAAGAUUCACGAGUCUAACUUUUUGUAGACUUCUAGUUGCACUGCUCUGAGAGCGUUCGCUUUCUGUCCUUCUGGUGCCUCCGAUAGCUUAUAGUAGAUUAUAUCCGGAGAUCAAGCUGUCGAGGGUGAGCAUUAUAUUGAGUGCGUGUUCUCGAUAGCCCAUGUAAUUUCCAACUCUUCCGUCUGUAUUAUUUCUCUACGGAUCUUACUGCAAUCAUCGAAGUUUCCGUGGAUGACGAUCUGAUUCGAAGACACCCGCCCAUCCACGGAUCUCGGAUUCAUUGUAAUCAUUUUUGC